AGUCUCAGUUCAAGACUCAAGGCUCACGACCAGAGUGGUUGACAAGACUGAGAGCCAAGGCCAAUGUAAAUGUUAGUUAGUAAAUGUAAAGUUUGAAUCAUGAUUUAAAAUAAUAAUAAUUUUAAUUAAUAAUAUUACAAAAUACUAUCUAACUUACAUAUGAAUCAUUAGUCAUUAGUAUAUUAUUAUUAUUGAACUCCAAACUAAAGUCUAAAGUAGUGUAGACUACAGUCACUAGUUACUACAGUCACAUUUUAAGUUAAUUAAGUCAAGUAGUGUCAUAUGAUGAUGUCGAUGUCUUAGUGUCCUUACUAAUAGACCCAGUUAUUAAUAAAUAUUGAAAUGUCAACAAAUAAAACACCAAUAAAUGCCCAUAAUUACUUACUAACUAAGCUAGUAUUGUAUAGUAUUAAUUUAGUAGACAUAUAAAUUAAAAAUAAUACAGUUUAAAUUGAUUUGUACUUUUAAUAAUAUCAGUGAAAUGGCAUAAUAAUAAAGCAUCAAGUAUUUUUGAAGAAGUUCAAGAAGUUAGCUGCAGAAAUAGUAAAAAGAUAAAUAGACCUUCUUCUUAUUAUGUUUUCAACACCCAAAGAUUUUUGCCAACGUGAACUAAAAGAAUUCAUAGGACACAAAGAUGAGGUAAUUGAUGACUUUGUUUUAGAUCUAGUUUUAAAUUUAUAAAAUUAAUAUAAUUUGUAAUUCCUUGAAAUUUGAGGAUAGUGCAAAAAUUAUUUUCCAAAUGAAAGUUAUUUGGCAGAUUUUUUAACCAUCCCACCCCAUCGUCACAAAAUUUUAACACAUAUUAGACAAUUUUAUCACGCAUCAUCAUAAAGUUAUGACCCCACCCCCGAUUCGUGUCUCAUUGAUGGAUGGCCUCUAAUGUUGAAGAGAAGCAUAUUAACAAUGAGAACAAUUAGAACAUGUCAUCCCAUUUACAUGUCUACACUAUCUGUUUUAUUUCAUAUGUAGGUGAACUGUGUCAGCUACUCUCCUGAUUUUCAGUUAAUGGUUACAGGAAGUGAUGAUCAGAGAGUCAGAGCCUUCAGUGUAAAAACCAAACAGUGUAUUGUAAGACUGAAAGGUCAUGAAGGUGCAUCAAUAUUUAAUUUAUUUUUAAAGAUUAUGAAAGCCUUUUAAAAUUUACUAAAAAUUUCUCAUAAAAAGCAUAAAAUAUAAUAUUUAUUCUGAUGCAACAUUUUUCUAAAAGAGUAAAACAUAAAGGGGCCAUAGGUAUUUUGGAUGGUAAAAACAGAUUUUACUUAGUUCAUUAAAAAAAAGUCAUUGUGAAAAGCUUAAAUAAAUAAUGCUAACAACUAAUACCUUUUUUAUAAUUAUUGAUUAGGUGCAAUCAAGAGUGUAGCUGUGUCUGAAUGCAGCAAAUACAUAGCCAGCGGGUCUUUUGAUAAAACGGCAAGAAUAUGGAAGACUGCAAAUGGUGAAUGUAUCCAUGUUCUCAAAGGUUAGCUUGCUUGUUGUAACAAAUUAAUUUAAUUAUAAAUUACAUUCUUUAAGGCAAAUAUACAAAUAAACAUUUCACUUAUUGGUAGAUCAUUUAUAAACCUUUUUAAGCCUAAAAUUGGUACAUCAAACCAAAGUGCCCAGGUAACUUAGAAUGAAAAUAAUGAUCAUUAUAUUUUUGCAUGGAAGCCAUGAGCUGUCACAAAACAUUAGAUAUCCCUAGAAAUUAAUUGAUUACUUCUUGUUCAUUUAAAGGGUUAAAUUCUUUCUUCAUCUUGACAGGCCAUGCAAAAAGUGUAGAGAGUGUUGCAUUUUCACCAGGAGCUAUUUACUGUUGUACAGGAUCCUGGGACAGAACUGCCAAGUUAUGGUGCAUACAGGUAGGUUGUUAUAAUAUUUGUAUGGAUAAUAAAAUUUACCCUGUACAGUAGGUAAUAGUAGUGUGAUUAAAUAUGGAACAAAAGCCUUUUUAAAACCAAUAUUUAUAAAGUAUUUAUUACACACUUGUCACUGUCACAUCUCUGAACUAGAAGCCAUCUGACCAUUUUUUACAAAUAUUCUUGGUCUACUAACCAAGUUACACAAGAUGCACUAAACCGUUUUACAGAUUAUUUUAACUUUGGAAUGUAGAGCGUUGAACAAAUUAAACAAAAAUGAUUGACAUCAUGUGGUCACAAAUGGAGUAAAGAAUAUAAAAAUAUAAUUAAUUGGUAAUUUAUAUGGUCCAGUGUUAGAGACAAUGAUGGAUGGAGAAUUUGUAUAAACCAAGAGAUCUAUCAAUUGUUUGAAGACCCACCCAAAGUGGCAACAAUUUAAAAAAAAGAUUGGCUGUACUGGAUAGAGCACCUUGAGAGGAUGCCAGUUUUUGGAUGCUGUGAAAAUGAUCUACAGGCAGUAACCUAGUGGCAUAUGGCUCACCAGUCAACCAAGACUGAGAUGAGUUAAUGAUGUAGAGCAAGCCUUAUAUCAGCCAGGGGUCUGCAUAUGGAUGAGGAAAACCAUGAAUUCAGGCGAAUGGAAAAGAUGUGAUGGAGCAGGCCAGGGCCCUACAUGGGUUGUAGUGCAACUAAUAAUAAUGAUGAUGAAUUGGGACAACUUGGAAAAAUGAAUAACAGUGAUUUUUGUUGUGUGAUUGUUCAAUCAAAGGUGAUGUGCCAUUGCGUGACAGUUCACAAGAUGAUGGUUCGUGGUGUGGCAGUUCACAUUUUCAUGGUUUAUAAUGUGAUAUUUUACUACAAGAUAAUGGUUUAUAAUGUGUCAGUUUACCACAAGAUGAUGGUUUAUAAUGUGAUAUUUUACCACAGGGCGAUGGUUCACAUAGUACAAGUUUUUCACAAAUGACCAAAUCCUCACGAUAUGUUUUAUCUUCCAGCUCAUGGGAUCCUUUAAAGCCAAAAGAUUGAGGAGCCCUGAUCUAUUACAUUACUGUGUCAAACAAUUUCCCUUAUUAUUUCAGACUGGAAAAUGUUUGAAAACUUUUAGAGGUCAUGGCAGCCUUGUUCAAUCAGUUGGAUUUUCACAAGAUUGUCACCUCUUGGUAAGACAAUUAAUGGUGAUAAGUGGAAAGUAGUACACAAUAUUAAGAUCAAGUGAUGAUAAUUGUAUAAAGUUUUAAACAUUUACAAGACAUAUUAGCUUACAAAUCUGAUAAGCAUUUUUGUAUGCUUAUUGUCCAAAACAUAAUUCUACAUUUACUUGCUUAUUCUUUAAGUUUAUUUAUUUUUAAGGUAAUAAGUGAAACAAAGUACGUGAAAACCUGAAAAAAAGGGACGCAGCAUGCUUAUUAGGGUGAACAUAGAGAACCAACUGAUACAGACUUAUGGGACCUUGACACCACAUGGCAUGAAUGUCAUGUUCUCCUUUACUUGUUAAAUCUUUUCUCCGCCCCCUCUUUGCUCAGCAAAUUGCAGUGGACUUACUUUUCUUUUCUUCCAUCCCCUAUUGCCUACAUUUACUCUCUUACCUGCUAAUGGUCUAUAACAUUGCUCAUAAUUUCCUCUCAGAUACAAAUUGCAACUAAGUGUUUAUUUUAAUUUUCAUAUUGUUUUUACUGUUAUUUGUUUGCCGAAGAAGGUUUCUUGCCAACAGGUUUGCUGUUUUGUUGUAUUCAUAUCUUCAAGUUUUCCCAUACUUUGUUUCACUAAUUUAAUUCUACCUAACAUAACUAAAGUCUCUCCCCCUUAUUAUUAUUAUUUUCAUGAUCAUUUUAAACUUGGUGAUAAAUUAUAAUUUUUAAAUAGCUUAUGGAAGUUGACUUCAUUCUGAAACUUAUUUUAAGGGCAGUAAGUUAAUGUGGCUUAUACAAAAUAAAAAUACAUUAAAAAUAAAAGUUAUUAACUUAAUUAUUGGAAUUACUAGAUUCAAUAUAUUUAAAACAAAAACUUCUGCCUUGAAGUAUAAUGAUGAUAGUUAAAAGUAGAAGCACUAGAAAAAUGCAUAAAUUGAUAAAUCUCUGAAAAUAUUUGCUCCUCAUAAACACACUUUUUUAACAAUUUUUUUUUAAAGUGUGUUUAUGAGGAGCAAAUAUUAUAGUUUUUAAGAAAAAAAACCCCAGUAAAUAUUCUUUUAAAUUAGAAUAUAAAAUAAUGAGCAUUCUUUCAAGGAAAUCAGAUGUGUGAAUUCAAAUUUAAAAACCAAACAGCAUCUAUAGUUAGGGAUACAUGUUUUAACUUGAAAUUAUAAUUUUACACUUAUUACAGGCCUCUGGUUCAUGGGAUUUUACAGUAAGAGUUUGGAAUUUAGACCAUAAGGCAUAUCAGAAAAUAAGAUCAGAUUUAAUGGCAGCUCAACAUAAAGUGGACUCUGCCCAGACUGAUCUGAAUAGUGAUCCACAGGGGAGAAGUGUUUCCAGUUUUCAAAGCAAUUUUGAAAAUGAGUAUGUCUUAGAGCAAGAAGAAAAGAAUGUGUUGUCAGAUCAUGAGAUGUUGAUAGAAGUGCAUGACAUUGUCAAAGUCUUAUUGGGACACUCAGGAAAUGUUCAUGCUAUUUCCUUCUCUCGGAUUGGAAUGUUGGUGAGAUUUAUUCUGAAUUACAAUAUUUGAUGGGAUUUUAAAUUAAAUCGGCUUAACGUAUGUUUUUAAAAAUAUAUUAUCCAUAAUUGAAAGUAGUCAAUUAUUAAAAUUUGAAACUUGCCUUACACAGUUGAUAGAUCAGUUACUAUAUCAUUGUCUUGAGUGGUAAACAGAGAUUACUUCUGCAGAAAUGCCAUUAUCAGCUGACACAUAAAGUGAAAUUCCAAUUAUCAGUUUACACAAUUAAGCAGUAAUUCCUUUUUCAGCUGACAACAAUUAAGCAGAAAUACCAAUGAAGCAGAGAUCUAUUUAUCAGCUGACACAAUGAUGCAGAAAUCCCAUUAUCAGCUGCAUUAUGAGCAAAAAUUGUUUAUAUUUUUUUCUCUUUUAUAAGUUUUUUAUGUAAUAAUAAUAUUAUUUAAUAAGAGAAGAGUAAAUAAAAAUAGAAGCAAAAAUUUGGGCAAAGUAUUUGUUUUGUUUCAUUUGUAAAGAUGUUUAGCCUACACUUUUGAAAUUUUCAAUUAUUUCUAUAAAAAAAAUACCAUGAGCAGUUAAUCUGAUAUUUUAGUUGAUUUUGACGAAAAGUAACACAUAGGCUACUUAAUAAAUGAGUUUUAAAUUUUAGAAUUCUUUAGCUGUCUCCCUUCCAGAACAAAAAAAAAGUUUAUAUUUUAAUCUUAAAAGGAAUUUCUUUGUGAGGUACACAAAGAAUAUUGAAAAAAUUAUAGUUAUCACAUUUUAAAGACUUUAAAAAAGAAAUUUCAUAAUCCACAGGCAUCAGGUUCUUGGGAUAGAACAAUUCGGUUGUGGAAUCCCAGGAAAGGAAACUGUCUUCGUAUUUUAGAAGGACAUAUUGGCUGGGUGCAGGCUGUCAGCUUCUCCCCUGACUCCACCUUUGUAGCCAGCGCAGCUGAUGAUGACUUUGUCAAAGUGUGGGAUAUAUUGACCGGUGUCUGUGUUAAUACAUUAGAGGUCAGUUAAAAUUCUGAUUGGUGUCUGUUUUACUACAAUAAAGGUGAGUUGGCUACUGACUCAUCAUCAAGAUGAAAUCAAAAUAGAAAGUCAAAUUUCAACUACUUCCUGACCUCUGCCAAAAAAAGCCUCUCUUAAAUAUAAAUUACAAUUUUGAAUGAAAGUAUUUUUUGACAUAACUAAUUUUACCUAUAUUCAAAUCUUGGUUUUGGAAUCACCAAAUAUUUUUAUUUUACUUCUUACUAACAUCCAUUGCUACACCUGUUGCAGGGUAAUACAGACCUGGCUCAGUUUUGUGCAUUCACUCCAGAUGGUCUGCUCAUAGCGUCUGGUGCUGCAGUGUCUACAAGUCAGAAACUACCCAAGAAAAGAGAAGGAGAAGAUGCAAAGACAAUGGAAGGAAAAAUAUUGGACAUUUUAAAUCAGUAAAAAAUAUAUUUAAAAAAUCAGUAAUAUCCUAUUUAUAUUGAUCACCGGUGGAAUAAAGAUGAGUAUAAAUGAUAGUUGAGCAUAAAUAUAAAAGAUGUUUCAUUAAUCUUUACUGUAAUAUUUUUUGUGUUGAUUGUCAAGAUUGAAGGAAAGUUAAAAUAAAUGGCAUACACUGCACAGCCAAAAAAUUAAAUACAUUGAUAUAUACUUUUGCAACAGAUUGUUUUCUGUAAAUUUUUUGGGGGGAAACCAUAAGAGAUUGUUUAAACUAAAGAGUUUGAAAAAAUAAAAAUAAAACAACUUGUUGCAUUGGUUGCAUUAAAAAAAAAAGUGUCAAUAAAUUAAUGUAAAAUGAAAUGUUAUUGCCGAAAUAUGUAAAUAAUUAAUAUUUGCUUGUAUACCAAAUUUAUUUUUUGUAAUAUGUUAUAUGUGUCCUUAUAAGCUUAAAGUCCUUAAUGAAAAUCAACCUAACAUCAGGGGAUGUUGCCAAUUAUCCAAACUUGUAUAAAAUUAUUUCUACAUAUAACAUAUAAAAUCUAAGUCAUAGAGAGUAAGUAACAGAGCGCUAGCCAAUCUAAGAGUUUUGACUCUACUGAGGUGCUUUAGAGAGCCCAGCUACAUACUUCAGCACCCAUUUUGUUUGGCUUCAUUGUCAAGUCAGCCUCCAUGAAACUCAAGAGCUUUCUGAUUCAAUUCAAAUACUCGCACUCAAGCCCCAAGACAAAAUUUUAUAAAUUUGAUCCAUGUAUUCUUUUGUGAUUGUUUCAGGUUGUGAUCACACGUGAGAAAGAAAUUCAAUCCAUUAAUAUAAAACGACUCGCUGUGACUAGUUUGCACAUGAAUGUAUUUCACUUGCCCCCCCUUGCCUGCCCCUGGCAAGCCUUGCCAUUCUUCUUUUCUGACAUCAGCAUUCAUUACCUGUACACUUUACCUGCUCCAAAAGAUUAUUUGCUUAAGAAAAUACAAUAAUUCUGCCUAAUUCACAUUUGAUGCUCAAUUCAUCAGCAGCAUUUUAUGCUGAGCUUUAAUGUCAGCUGUAUUUCUGACACACGUGUGACUUUCUGACUGAGCUGUCUAAAACUGCCUGUUCACCAUUUGGUGAUGAGGCUGCUAGCAGGCUUUUACAAAUAUGGUGAGGCAUAAUAAUUAACAGUCAGGGAUAUUUUCUUUUAAAGAACUAUGUGGAAAAAUAUAUUAUUGGGCUGGUGCCCUCCUUUUGUCCAAGAGAUGAUGAACUAUCCUUCCCGACAAGUAGAUUAUUCUAUUAGAGACUUUUCUUUUUUUUUUUUACAUUAUCACUAUCUUAAUAUGGCAAGUGUUUACCUGAGUACCUGAUAUUUAUUUACUAUUUAGUAAUAAAGAAUUGGAAGACUUUAAUAUUUUUAUAUAACUAUUCCCAUUUUGCUCUGUAUGUGUACAUCUUGAUGUUAAAUUAUUUAUGUACACCCUUAUGUUUUUGUGUUGGUGAACAAUCUUAAUUUUAUUUAAACUAUGUACAAAAUGUUAAGUCUAUGUACAAAAAGAUGUUAAUUCUAUUUACAAAAAGUUGUUAAUUCUAUGUCCAACAGGAUGUUGAUUCUAUGUACAACAGGAUGUUGAUUCUAUGUACAACAGGAUGUUGAUUCUAUGUACAACAGGAUGUUGAUUCUAUGUACAACAGGAUGCUGAUUCUAUGUACAACAGGAUGUUGAUUCUAUGUACAACAGGAUGUUGAUUCUAUGUACAACAGGAUGUUGAUUAUAUGUACAACAUGUUAAUUCUAUGUACAACAACAUGUUAAUUCUACAUACAACAAGGUUUGAAUUCUGUGUACAACAGGAUGUUAAUUCUAUAUAAAACAAGAUGUCAAUUCUAUGUACAACAAGAUGUUAAUGCUAUGUAAAACAAUAUGCUAAUUCUAUGUACAACAACAUGUUAAUUCUAUGUACAAGAUGUUAAUUCUAUGUAAAACAAGGUUUGAAUUCUAUGUACAACAAGAUGUCGAUUCUAUGUACAACAACAUGUUAAUUCUAUGUAUAACAGGAUGUCAAUUCUAUGUACAACAAGUUGUCAAUGCAUGGAGGCUAAUAAAAAACAGCUUAGAUUUACUUAAUGCUAUAAAAAGAAAUGUAACUCGGG